GUCCCGAAACACUCGCACUCGCCCACUCCGUCUCUCAUCGCUCGUCACUUGUAAUUCCUAUAUACAAUACACGCCCUUCACUUCCUUCCUCCUCACAACAACAAACACACCCUUCCAUUUCUUCUUUUCAUUAUUCUUCUUCUUAGAUCCAAAUCUCAAACUCUCUCUCUCUCUCUCUCUCUCUUCGCCAUGGGUUUUCCAUCCAACGGCGCCGAGAAGCCGCUCAAGUUUCUGAUCUACGGCAGGACGGGCUGGAUAGGCGGCCUUCUCGGCAAGCUCUGCGAGGCCCAAUCCAUAGCCUACGAGUACGGCUCCGGCCGCCUCGAGAGCCGCGCCUCGCUCGAGGCCGACAUCGCCGCCAUCAAGCCGACCCACGUCUUCAACGCCGCCGGCGUCACCGGCCGCCCCAACGUCGACUGGUGCGAAUCCCAUAAGGUCGAGACCAUCCGCACCAACGUGGUAGGCACCUUGACCCUUGCUGACGUUUGCAGGGAGCGCGGGCUGGUCCUCGUAAACUACGCGACGGGUUGCAUUUUCGAGUACGAUGCGGGUCAUCAGCUCGGGUCGGGCGUCGGGUUUAAGGAGGAGGACACGCCCAACUUUAUCGGAUCUUUCUACUCCAAGACCAAGGCCAUGGUGGAAGAUCUGCUCAACAAUUUCGAGAAUGUGUGUACUUUGCGUGUUAGAAUGCCGAUUUCAUCUGAUUUAUCCAACCCGCGUAACUUCAUCACAAAGAUCACUCGAUAUGAGAAAGUAGUAGACAUUCCAAACUCCAUGACGAUCUUGGAUGAACUCCUCCCCAUUUCGAUUGAGAUGGCGAAGAGAAACCUCACCGGAAUCUAUAACUUCACAAACCCUGGAGUGGUCAGCCACAAUGAGAUCUUGGAGAUGUAUAAGGAAUACAUUGAUCCCAGCUUCACAUGGAAGAACUUUACUCUUGAGGAGCAGGCAAAGGUGAUUGUUGCUCCCAGGAGCAACAAUGAGCUGGAUGCCACUAAAUUGAAGCAAGAAUUCCCUGAACUCUUAUCCAUCAAGGAAUCUCUCAUCAAGAAUGUGUUCAAGCCAAAUCAGAAGACUGCCAAAGCUUGAAAACUUUUUUAGGUUUGAAUUUUUGGUUUCCAUGUUUCUCUCAAUUGAAUUCAGUUCAUGUGGGUUAAUGUGAUCUCUCCACUAUACAAUACAGCUCCUUCUCCCAGGUGGCAUGCACGUCUGCCUUGUUUGUAUUGGAAUGUUGUAUUUGAAAUAACUUGAUCAGUCAAUAAACUAGUUGGAAGUGAUGUACCAAGUUGAAUUUUUUUGUAAGUUAUUGAUGAUGUAUUUAUGGCUUUUAAAUUUAAUGAGCAAUAUUUUAGUCUUUCGAUUCCGUU